AUGGCAAGAUUUCGUUUAGCAAUAUGUCUAAUGUUCAUGAUAGUAGCAACAAGUACCGUAUACGAAGCGCAAGGUGGUAUUUUAUUAAGGCAUUUUUUGAAGAAACUUCCUAAAUCGUCCAACGAGUUUGAACCUUUUGCUUUCAACGUUAUGCUUACUUUUUUGGAUAACCUUGAGAGUAAAUGUCCUUUGAAAAAGGAGUACAAGGAAUUCUUCGCAAAACUAAAGGCUUUCAUGGCCUUCAUAAACUCGGCAUCGGGUUCCUCCUCAGAUUUCCAGUCUAAGUUGAAAGAACAAUCUGAGGAACUCUACAAGGCUAUCUCUGCAUUGGGCAUCAAAGGAGGAUCAUCGGCGGACACGAGCAAAUUGAUUGAAAGUUUGAUGACGAUGGGAAGAACAUUGGCUGAGUACAAGAGUAGUGGUGCACAGAUAAUGACAAGUGAAAAAAGGUUAGAGCUGAUCAGAUCUAUGGCAAAAUGGGCACAAGUGAUCGCUCAAUUUGUGAAAUCCGUAGGCGAUGGUGAAGGUGCAAAUAUUGAUAUCUCAUCUAUUGGCCUUGGAGGUGCUGGUGUUGAAAGCUCAGGUGCUGGUGAUGAAACCUCAGGUGCUGGUGGUGGAAGCUCAGGUGCUGGUGGUGGAAGCUCAGGUGCUAGUGGUGGAAGCUCAGGUGGUGGUGAAACCUCAGGUGCUGGUGGAGAAAGCUCAGGUGCUGCUGGAGAAAGCUCAGGUGCUGGUGGGGAAAGCUCAGGUGCUAGUGGUGGAAGCUCAGGUGCUGGUGGUGAAAGCUCAGGUGCUGGUGGGGAAAGCUCAGGUGCUGGUGGUGAAAGCUCAGGUGCUAGUGGUGGAAGCUCAGGUGCUGAUGGUGAAACCUCAGGUGCUGGUGGGGAAAGCUCAGGUGCUGGUGGGGAAAGCUCAGGUGCUGGUGGUGAAAGCUCAGGUGCUAGUGGUGGAAGCUCAGGUGCUAGUGGUGGAAGCUCAGGUGCUGGUGGGGAAAGCUCAGGUGCUAGUGGUGAAAGCUCAGGUGCUGGUGGUGAAACCUCAGGUUCUGAAGAUAGUAAAACUGCCGUCGGUGGAAGCGCCAGUGGUGAAAGUAGUGCCUCCGGCAGCACAAGUUCAAUGGCUGGUGGUGGAGGUUCCUACUCGGAUUCUACAGGUGGGAAUACAAUGGAAAGUCCCACCGGUAGCCCCUCUGGUUCCGCUUCUGGUAGUGGUGAGAGCUCCUACAGUGGAAGUGGAAGUGGAAGCUCAUCUUAUGAAGCUGGAGCAUCCGCCGGUGCACCGAGUGGAAGUACAACUGAUAGCUCAGCUUCAGGAGGAAGCGCCACAGCUCAAGGAUCAAGUUCAUCAUCGGAGAGUGGUUCUUCCGCUGCUGGAGGAGGUUCAGCCGAAGGUGGUAGUGGAGGCUCACAAGGCAAAUCUUUCAAAGGAAAAAUCGGCUCAGUUAGCUAUGAAGGUUCUGUCAACUAUCAAAAGACACACUCAAAAUCCUCAGACAAAAGCUCCUUCAGCCAUUCCUCUGAGGAGAAAAACUCUGGCAACGCCAAAUUUAACUCGUAG